CAGUUGCAUCUCACUUGAAAGGAACCAGAUUCUAUACCAUUUUGUCUUUUGAUCAAGAAAGUAAAAUGAAAAUCAUCCAGCUUCUAAUCUUAGAUCUUCUCUUGUGGUGUCAAGCUGCACAGAGUUUAAUAGAUCAACUGACAGAUUUGGGACAAAAUGUGACAAUAAACUGUACUCUUGAUGAAGGAGGGAUUUAUUGGUUAUUACUGAAACUUCCAGAUCCUCCAGUGAUGAUAUUACGCACUACGCAAACCAAUUUUUUUUGCUUCAAUAAAACAUUCAGACACAAAUAUUCAGUGCAGUCUCACCGUCAUCUGUUUAUAAAUAAUGUCACCACUGAUGAAUUAGGAGAUUAUUACUGUAUGAAGAAAGAUACAGUACCUCCAGAAUUCAGCGAUGGCACCAGACUACACAUCAUUGAACCAACUCAACCAACUGAGUUAACUGAGAGCCAGACACAUACAGUAGUGCAGAAUAUUGUGCAGAGUCAGACACAAUGGCAUAUUAUUAUCCUCAUAUCUGCUCUGCUGAAUGGUGUUUUGAUCAUUGUGGUCACUGGUUGUUUAAGUUGUUACUCUGGAAAAAGUGUAAAACUUCAAGGUACACAAUUACAGACUACAUUUAUUGCUGUAGAACAGUCUCAAGAGCUGAGCAAAUUACAGUAUACUGAGGUGGACUUUUCCAUACUUUGUGAAGAGUUUGGACAAAGAUGAAGUGAAUUCAAAGUUCUCAUUAUUGUUUUUGAUAUAGUAUUAUAGAUCAGACAUUGUACUGCAUUGCCAAGCCAGUCUUUUUUUCCAAAAAGGGAGGCUGAUAUAUACUCAUUGAGGACUUUUAUAGGAACACUAUGGUCCCAAUAAAGUUCCCGACGUGGUCUUCUGCUGUUGUAGCCCAUCCGCAUCAAGGUUCGAUGAGUUGUGCAUUCUGAGAUGCAAUUCUGCUCACUACAGUUGUACAGAGUGGUUAUCUGAGUUACCAUAGUCUUUCUGUCAGCUCGAACCAGUCUGGCCAUUUUCCGUUGACCUCUCUCAUCAACAAGACAUUUCCAUCACUGGAUGUUUUUUGUUUUUGGCACCAUUCUGAGUAAACUCUAGAGACUGUAGUGCAUGAAAAUCCCAGGAGAUCAGCAAUUAGUUACAGAAAUACUCAAACCAGCCCGUCUGGCACCAACAAUCAUGCCACGGUUGAAAUCACUGAGAUCACAUUUUUUCCCCAUUCUGAUGGUUGAUGUGAACAUUUGGUGAAGCCCCUGACCCAUAUAUGCAUGAUUUAUGCAUUGCACUGCUGCCACAUGAUUGGCUGAUAGAUAAUCUCAUGAACAAGUAGAUGUACAGAUGUUCCUAAUAAAGUUCUCAGUGAAUGUAGAUGAUUCUUUAUAAAACUUGAUUUGCUUGUUUUGAUAUCAACUUCUCACUUAUACCUAGAACUUGUAUAACAGAUGUUCAUGUGUGAUAUUCAUUAAUGAGUCAGUAAAUUAUUGAAGGUGAAUGGACAUCCUAUUUAUGAAUAAAAAGAUAUCAUAUAAAGAAAUGGACAUUAGUGAAAUUAUCAUACAUUUGUAUUAGUC